AUGCAGGGGAAGAUGAAAUUGGAAGGAAGCAUCGCAAAAGCGAUGAAAUUGAAGACACUUAUCGAUCCAAAGAGGCUCAAGGCGGAAAUCGGAGAAGCCUUUCCAGUACCUCGUCCCACAGUGAUGUCAAGCAAACCGGCUUACGUGGGUCACGAUGAGCGACCAUAUGAAGUCGAGGCAUAUAGGUUGGGAAAGAUUAAAGCAAAAGGAGUCAUGGGAAAAGUUACGAGGCUCAAGUCACUCUUCAAGGAGUCGAACCUGAAGUCGAAACUGUAA